CGACAGAGCAAUUGGUAAACUAGCAAUGGAGAAUACCUGAUUACAAAUCUUACCAGCAGGAUUGGUGGGGUGUCGAAUUUGCAGUAUAAAUACUGCGAGAGUAUCGUCAAAAGGCAGUAAUUGUCCUACCAGCAAUCAGCCAUGAACACACGUGCAGUCCUCGUCUUCUUCGCCCUCGUGGCCAGCAUCUCUGCUGCUCCAGCUGCCGACCCAGCUGCCGCUCCAGUUCCUGAACCAGCCUCCCCUGGGUCCGCAGCGCAAAGAUCAUCCCCUGCAGUUGACCCCAAGGAGCCGAUUGCCAUCAUUAGUCAAGAGGCCGAAGUCAAUCCGGACGGAACUUUCGUCAACAAGUACCAAACAGCGAACGGGAUUUCCGUAUCGGAGGAAAGCAGCUUGAAGACUUUGGAGGAGGGUGAAAUUAUCCAGGUGGUCAAGGGUUCCAUCUCGUAUCCUUCCCCCGACGGAACCAUCAUCGAGACGAUCUACACCGCCGAUGAGAACGGCUUCCAUCCUUCGGGGAGUCAUCUUCCCGUCGGCCCAGAGACUCCAGCCUACAUCUUGAAGUCCUUGGAAUGGUCCGCUGCCCAUCCCGAAGAAGACGUCGAGGAGGUUGAGAAGAAACUGUAGAGGUUCUACGCUCCGUCCUCACUCUGGCCAACAGUUUACUCUCCAAACAUCUCUGACAGUCUUAACGUUCUGGCUUCUGCGAAGCCACUUCUGUAUAUUAAUCACCUUUUUCACUUGAAUAAAGUUUCGCACGCUAUUGAUUAACAGUAUAUAACAGAGGAAA